AUGGACGAGGCCGGCCGCUGGUGGAGAGAAUUGUGGCAUGAUUGGCCCAACGCAUGGGACGUAUGCCGUCGGCGUGGGCUGCUUAAAGCACUCCCCGACAUGGCACGGGCUGCCAUCUGGACGGCCUUGAUGAUUGUGCUAUUUGCCGGCGUCAUUGCAUGUGAUUUGCUUCGUACAACAUGGUCCCAUGCAUACCCGCUGUCUGGGCACAAUAGGGACAAGAGGGAGCGUCGACGCAAAGACAACUCGCUGCAGCGGCUGCUGAGCAGACCCAUGGCAGAUCCCAUAUCAGCAUAUAGGGCUGUCCACUCCCAGAGCCCGCAACACGAUGAGAAGGCCAAAACUUCCAUCUUUAGCCGCCUCCCGCCCGAGAUUCGGAGGCACGUUUUGGUUUCAGCUUUUGGAGAACGCACGCUACAUAUGGACUUGGAUUUCCGACUCCCAUUCAACUUGGUUGAGAAGAAGCCAUACGAUGGGUGUGACGUGCAUGCAAGGAUUCACCAAGAAAACCUGGCCUCGGACUCGCACUUGGAUACAAAGUCUGGCAGGAAUAUGACUUGGAGGUGGUUUGGUUGUGUAUGCCACCGGUUCGACGUCAUUAAGACACCACCGUUGACUUACGGCAGGAGAUGCAACUGCCAAUGGGCCCAUUUUGGAGAACCAGAUACAGACCUGUGCCUCCGCGGAUCAGGAAAGUGUAAUACGUGGCCUGGAACGUGGCCAGUGAAGUGUCAAAUUGGCGUCAUGGGGUGGAUGCUAUCUUGCAAGCGAGCAUAUUUCGAGGUCAUGGAUGUUCUGUAUGGCACCAACACGUUCCACAUUGCGUCUCCCGUUCUAAUGAAGAGCAUGUCCGAUCUGUUUCCGAGUCAUAUAUUGGCCAACAUUCGAUCCCUAGAGUUGGUUUGGCAACCAAAAGACCUUCCUCUGGUAGAAGGCUUUUGCUCAAAGGUGAAGCACUCCAAAUACCAACACCCGGUUUUCCCGUCUCUUGCGUACUUGCGGAUUGCGUUUGCCCGGAUGGUUAUCCAUGAGGUAGACCACGCCACCGACAUGAUUUGGCCAUAUGACAACAGGCGACUACUAUCCGAGAGGUUACACAACUCCUUUUUACCGCAAAUGGACGAAUUAAUCAACCGAAUCGCGCCACCGAUGGCGGAAGUAACGGUAUCUUGUGCGAAAUGGGAUUGGUACGAACUCAUAGAUGUCUCUCUUUUGGAAAGCCAGGGCAAGGAAGCGACCAGGAUGCAAAGAGCGGACAUUGAAGGAUUGAGGUGCUGGAGAAUGAUGCCCAUUAGGAGGAGCAUUUCAUGGGAAGAUGCCGAGGCAGGUCUAUCUUCUGUGCCGAGUAGAGAGGGAUACUGGAUUCAUAUACCCAUUGGCGACGUGCGUCUUCACAACUGGUAUGGUUACGAUUGGCAACGAAAUGAGCUUUAUGGUCUUGGGCCGGACGGCGUCUCAUGGUCUUGA